GACAAACCCUCCGACGAAGAAGAGAAAACCCGGAAGUGUGUCUGUAAACAUGGCGGCCUCCAUGUCCCCCUCAGCUGCCGUCUAACUGCAAUCUUAACCUUAAACCUUUUUCACGUUUCCUGUUAUUAUUCGUAUUUUUGUUCGACAGCCCGGCCAGGCUUCGAGUUUGAGGCCCCAUGUGAGGAUGCGGAGCGUCGGCGGGGCGGCCGGAGCCACGCUGGCUGUCCUCGGACUCUUCCGGCCCGGCGGUUGGGCGGCUGCGGGGCGGACGCCGGUGGGGCCGCAAAGGCGCCCGUGCUCGUCGGGACCCCCGUGGAGGCUCCUGUUCUUCGGCUCGGAUCUCUUCGCUGUGGAGUCCCUCAAGGUCCUCGCGGGGGACAGGGUUCGUGCGGAUGGCGCAGUGUCGUCGUUGGAGGUGGUGACGCUGAGCGACGGCGUUCCCGUGGCCAACUUCGCCCGGCACGAAGGUCUCCGGCUGCACCGAUGGCCGCCGGGCGACGCGGACGGACGCUUCGACGUGGGCGUGGUGGUGUCUUUCGGCCGUUUGCUCCAGCGACAACUCAUCGAGCAGUUCCCGUGUGGCAUCCUGAACGUCCAUCCCAGCCUUCUUCCUCGUUGGCGCGGUCCCGCGCCCAUCUUCCACACCAUCCUCAACGGCGACGCCGUGACGGGAGUGACCAUCAUGCAGAUGCGACCUCACAGGUUCGACACGGGUCCUAUCCUGAACCAGGUUCUCCACCGGAUCCCCGAGAGCGGCACGGCCGACGAGCUCUCCGACGUCCUCGCCGCUAAAGGAGCUCGGCUGCAGCUCCUGGACACGUUACGGACCUUGCCUCAGAAGAUGGCCGACAAGUGGGAGCAGAGCCGGACCGGCGUCACUUUCGCCCCGAAGAUCGGCGUCUCCGCGAGCCGGCUGGUGUGGGAGGAGCAGACGUGCGAGCAGAUCGACCGCCUCUACCGAGCCGUCGGGUCGCGGAUCCCCCUGAGGACCACGUGGAUGGGGGCCACCAUCAAGCUGCUGGACUUUGCGGGGAGGUGCCACAUCUCGUUGGCAGGCGAGUCGGGUUCCCGCCCGUGCGUCGCGUUCGCCCUCGUCGGGACAUCGACGUUUCUUUUGUGCUUUCCAGACGAGCGCGGGGAGCGGCCGCCGCCGGGCUCGGUGACCUUUCGCAAGGAGUCCGACGCGCUGGCCGUCCGCUGCAAGGUCGCUCGAUCGCUCACUCGCUCGGACGCACUCGCGUUUGCUCUGUAUGAACUAUCGACGGUGCUUCUUGUUUUUUGUUUUUCAGGACGGCUGGGUGGGUUUCAAGGCGGUGGUCCUGAGGAAGCGUAUGACGGCGGCCGACUUUUACAACGGCUACUUGCAUCGGACGAUGAGGCCGCACGCCGCCGCCGCGUUUGUCAGCCCGCCAAGGGGAGGGAGCGGGUCGACUUGCGAGACGCUUCGCGACCCCGCCCACAAAAACACGACGGGUGUUUCCUGAAGAACGGGGAACGUCGCCAAUAUUUUGGACUUUUUUUCAGAGUCGCAAUAAACAAUGUACUCAACACACGACUGUUCUCAUGACGUCCGUCGCCGUGGCGACACAUCACGUCACACCUUUGAAUUGUACGCUAACGUCAUAAUGUAAUAGAGUGUGACGGGGUGCCGCCAGACGUUUUCGGCACGUGUAAACAGUCUAAUUCAAUUACUCAUUUUGAUAAUUACACAUUUGAAAAGAA